GGAUGACAGAAGCACAUGCUUGGUCUGUUUGAUUACUGGUUAGUUUGGGUUUCAUUCACUGCAGUAAGUCAUCAAGGUUUUCUUUUUCUUUCCCCAGUCGUGCUGAUCGGAGACUCUGGCGUUGGGAAGAGUAACCUCCUCUCCCGGUUCACGCGGAAUGAGUUCAACCUGGAGAGCAAGAGCACCAUCGGGGUGGAGUUCGCCACUCGCAGCAUCCAGGUGGAUGGCAAGACCAUCAAAGCACAGAUCUGGGACACAGCCGGGCAGGAGCGCUACCGGGCCAUCACCUCCGCGUACUACCGCGGAGCUGUGGGCGCCCUGCUGGUCUAUGACAUUGCCAAGCACCUGACGUAUGAAAAUGUGGAGCGCUGGCUAAAGGAGCUGAGAGACCAUGCUGACAGCAACAUCGUCAUCAUGCUGGUGGGCAACAAGAGCGACCUGCGCCACCUCCGGGCAGUGCCCACCGAUGAGGCAAAGGCUUUCGCUGAAAAGAAUGGCUUGUCCUUCAUCGAGACUUCUGCCUUGGAUUCAACAAAUGUAGAAACUGCUUUUCAAACCAUCCUAACAGAAAUCUAUCGCAUUGUGUCUCAGAAGCAAAUGUCAGACAGACACGAGAAUGAAAUGUCUCCGAGCAACAACGUCGUGCCCAUCCACGUCUCUCCCACCACCGAAAAUAACCCAAAGAUGCAGUGCUGUCAAAAUAUAUAAGUGUCUGAUCUCUGCAGUGCUGGAGGAUCUUUCUAUUCCCCAAGUCCAGGUUUUAAAUCUAUAACUAUUCUCCCUCCCUCCCCCUGACCCAUGUUUUAUUAGGACCUGCAGAUCUUCCCUGAAUUGUCUUAAUGUAUGGUUUUUGUUGGACUUGUAUUUUGUGGUCUAUCACAUGUUUAGUAAUAUGUUGUUAAGAGAUGUCCCACAUGCAGUGCGUGUCAUUUUGUGGCGCUUCUGUCGUGUUAGCAGCAGGCAGUACACACUGUGUGAACACUUAAACAGAACGGAAAUAGGAGAUGAGAUGGCAGACUGCCUAUGGUGUGGCAUGAAAAGAUGAUCUAUACAUAAAGACAACAUGUUUAGGGCCAAUAGAGCUGCUGUACCCACAACUACCAUUUGUAUAAUUAGUAACUACUGUAUCAUUAAUUUUUUUUUUACAUGGAUAACGUUAUAAUUUUUAACCUGCUUUCUUGCUUCUUUUGUCAAGUAUGGAAUAUAUUCUCCCCAGUUGUGAUCAUCAUGUAAAGCAAUGCUGUUGAUAAAGGCUGAAACUGUAGAUAACAAUGGUAGUACCUGGUGUGGAUGCUUCCUAUGAAACCGGAGAUGAUAACCUGAGAUCUAUACGCUGUGUGUCGGACCUGCCUCACCGGAGCACAGAGCAGCUUUCAUUGCUUAAAACAGGUAGCUAGGACAAGGCCUGCUCUUUGCAGUGCUCGCAAACAAAUGCAUGCAAUUCGACUGAAACCAAAGCACUAAUUCCUGUAGCUUCAAGGAUUCCUUGAAUUGUGCAUCAGUGAUGUGCUAAUUCGUUACUUGAGUAGUAUUCCUUUGUAACGCAUAACUACCAAGUUCAGAAAGUGAGUUCCCGUAACACUAACUUUCCGAUAAUCGGCUGCAUGUUAUAAUCUAACACAAUCACAGCCACUGGACUGUGUUUAUAUAUCCAGAUGAGCAUAUCUUAUAUCCUACACAGAGUUCAGAGUUUCAUACAGGGAUGGUCAUUAAUCAUUCCUGUGGAAUUUGCUCGUGAAUUGUGCAGGGAAUUGUUUUUAUACUUAUAAGCAGGAAACUUAAAAACGCAUAGAA